AUGGAAUCUUCCGUUCACUCUUCAGCACCUGGAGUAUAUACCAAAGUACUUAACUUAUGGGUUUAUGAUAAUGAGUUCGCGAAGCAUGAUGUAAUUUUGAAUCCGGAUUGUGUGCCAGGUGUAAAACCUGGUCAAUUGCUUGCACUGUUUCAUCCCAAUUCCGCGGAAGAUAAGUCCAAGCAUCUUAUUUUGCAAGUUGCAUCAACGGAUACACUAGAUAGCGCAUUUCUCAAUAAAAAUCCUGCUUUACAAGUAGCGGUGACUAAGCAAAUAGCUGCGUUAUUUGGUUUCUCCGGUUAUAUGGGGCGUAAAGAAGUAAUAGCACGCGCAGUUGAUGUUAAUUCUGUUGCUGCCGAGUUCAUUGAACUCACUUUUCGAGAUCAAUAUAUUGGAAGGAGUGAUAUGUGGCGUCUUAGCACCAGUCUGUGCGGGAGCUGGGUUUACGUUGGCAGAAAAAUCGAAUUUGCAUGCAUUCGUGCACAAGUCAAACGAAUCUAUGUGAAAGGUGAAUUAGUUUGUGGUGGUUAUAUAACAGAUGAGACAAAGUCCAUUUAUAGGUCCGAGUCUGCAAAGUAUUUUAUAUUCAUACAGAUGAGUAGGGAAAUGUGGGAAUUUGAUGAGGAUGGAGAACUUUUUUUCGAAAAAGCUAUUGAUGGCUUUCUCCCGGAGUUUUUUCAACGGUGGAAAGAAGUAGGUACAAAUCAUAUCGGAUCGAUAGUUUUAUUUUCACGCAUAUUUUAUGAUUACGAUGAGGACUUGGUAAACGAAAGCGCUGUGAAGCAAGAUGAAAAAGGCAGGUGGUACAAAGAUUUUUAUAAAGUUAUUGUUGAUUGGGAAGCACACACUGAUUGGACAUCUACAAUUGUCCCAUUGAAAGAGGAAUUUUUAAAGUAUCCUCAAGAUAUUCUGCUACGUAAAAAAAAUGGUUAUGAAUCUCUUUCCGGGCGGAAUUCCUUUGCUUUCGAAGGCAACAUAUUGGAAGCGAUAAAUCUGGCAUUGAAUCCAUUUGAUAAGCAUUAUGUAGAUAGAGACCUUUUGCGUACCGGAUUAGCAAUAAUCGUGGUGACUCCAGGAUGUGGCCGAUUUGAAGUCAACAAGAAACUCUUACGAAUGACAACUGAGAGGAUGAUCGACAAUGGCAUUGGGCUAGAUCUUGUUUGCUUAUCAAGAAUUCCUCUGCAUACUGUACCAUUGUUCCGAUUUAACUCGCUGGAUCCAGCGAAAGCACCAUUACCCGACUGGUGGAUGUCUAAAACAGCAGGAAGCGGCGGUGGCGGUUCUAAGUCGCAAAUCAAAGAUCUAAAGCCUGAACUACGAGAUCCUUUAGAUUAUGACGAAGACAUUAAAGAUGCAACGACAUCUUUUUAUAAAACUCCGGAUUGGAUAGAUUGUAGUUUCUAUACAAGACACAAAGACAAACCAUAUAAACCAGAUAAAUUCGUAACUCGUUGUAAGAUGUACGAAAUUCAAAUGAUGGGAAUAAUGGAACACGAGAUUUCUUCCAUCUUAAUCCCGUAUCUUGAUGAAAAUCAAGCUGAAUUUGAUUCUUCUGAAUCGAGUUUAACUAGGUCGGAAGAAAACUCGAAUUCUAUUAUUGAUUAUGAAAGUUAUGAUGAGAAUAUUUUUUCUAAUGAAACGCAGAAAUCUACAAUUAAGACACGUCAUUACUUAUUACGUGAAGACCAAAAUGCACUCAUGAAUGGCGAGUCAGAUCGUAGUUCUGAAUAUUCGUAUUCUCGAAGAAGCCACGAUGAUUUAAUACCUGUAUCAUCAAAUAAACAUGUUGAAUUAUCGAGAAGUUUACCUAAAAUAAUAACACCUGGACUAAUAAUGUCUCCUAUUCAUCCUGAUCCGACGAUGAAAUCAACAUUUUAUACUGCUAGACCACGUCGUGUUUCUGGAAGUACUUCAGAUGAUGGUUUCUCAGGUCGCAGCAUACAAAAACAUAAUCAUAGUAAUCAUAAUAGUGCUAUAAACACCAGAUCGAAUUCUUUUGAAGAGGAGCAACAAAAAAUAGUCGCAUCCUCUAAUGUUAUUAUUGAUAAUAUUUCAAAAUCAGAUACGCAACUUUCGCGAGAUAUUAUUUAUCAAGAGAGUAUGGGCCAUAAAAAUCGGAAUGUUACUUACGGUGAGGAUGAAUAUAUUCCCGAAUCGACCUCAAUGACUAAACCAAUAUCCAUAAAGUCAUCGACAUGUCAUCCUGUACGCAACGCACAUCGAGAUUCAUCACCAUCACCAAAAAAUAGUUCGUACUCUAGUGAAAUUGGACGUUAUUUUGUGAGACCUGCUUCCAAACAACAUUAUAAGGCAACACUCGUAAAUCCUUGUAACCCGGGAAAAACUUCACUCAGUAGACCGGGAUUAGCCAGUCAUAUGCGCAGAUGGGAACAUGUGUUUCCGAGAAAAAUUGCUAGAAGUAUAAUGAAGUGGAAUUCGCUGUGCACGCCAGCUUGUCUUCCAUUAACUACUGAUUUUUUUCCGCCAAUCAACGAACAGGGUGCUUAUAAUGAAUAUACAUACACAAUAUCGGUUGAUCCUGAAGGAUUAACUAUUGCACAAGACGAUACUAUAUCUGAACAGCGCAAGACAGAAAUCUUAUUGAAAGAAAUGAUAUUACAAAGAUUGUCUCAAGGAUAUCAAUUAAUUAUUCCCAACACAUCUGGAAAUGACGAUGAAGAUGAUAAUGCUGCUAAUAUGAGUAAUUUUGGUGUUACAGCAAAAUAUAUGAGCGAAACGACCAAAUCACUUGUCUGGAAAGAACAACAACCUAAGCCAAAUUCAUUCUCGGCCUCAAUACCUUGUUAUUUAAGUAUGGGUUAUCAAGUACACAUUCUAACAUAUGAUCCUUCUGGUCAGAAUGUUGAAGUGAAACGAUACUUGAGAAAAACGCAAUAUUCAUCCGAUCCGAUUCCUUAUCAGUGUGUAAUAUGGCCAAAAGCUCAAGAAAAGUUUGAAUUAAGAUCGGUUACUUUUAGGUACCCUAAUUCAGAUUAUAACUGGAACUACGUGGAUCAACUAGUCUCUGGAUAUCAAGAUGUUCUUUUAGAAGCACUCAAAUUUUGGAGAACCAGAUUCAUUUUAAUUCCAAUGGAAAUUUUACCCAGCAAUGCAAUGACACCAUUCAAUGAACCUCUUAAUGAAGAGGAGAUACGUGUGAAUGGAAUCUACAGCUUCAUGGAGAUUUUCCAAGACGCUGUUUGGAGCACGCCUAAUGAAUUGCCGGAGUCGGCGCAAAAGAAAAAGAAUAUCAAACAAAAUUUAAUUCUGACAACACUUGAUCCUUCAGUUUAUCUUCGAGCGUCUGAUGAUAUUGCUCCAAGACGUUGGUCGACACAUCCUAGUGAUGAACGUCUCACUAGGGAAUCCAAAUUGACAACAAUAGCUCAAGCUAUGUUACACUCGUCCACAGGUGUGGUACGGGAACGUAGAUGGCAUUUACGAUUAUAUGAAAAUGCUAUUGUAGGGAAUGAAUUUGUUGACUGGUUAAUCAAAAAUUUUUCUGAUAUUGAUACGCGCGAGACCGCAAUAGAAUUUGGAAAUGAUUUACAGAACAGAGGUUUAUUUGAUCAUUGCACAAAACGACAUCGAUUUUUAGACGGCUUCUAUUAUUAUCAACUUAAGAAAGAGUAUGCGCCGCAAAGAAAUUCAAGAAGUUGGUUUGGAAAUCAAAAAAACAAUAAUAAAGACCCCGAAAAAAAUGAAUCGUCUUCAAUAAAACCUUCAACUGAAGAGAAUAUACAACCAUCACCGCCUAAAAAAACUUUAUUCGAAUUAAGUAAAACAAUAACGAUUGAUGUUGAUUCUAAGAAGAAAAGUGAGCGAAAUGAAACCGCGACCCUACAUUAUGACGUGUUGUAUAACCCGGACAAUUGUUACCAUUUUCAGUUGAACUGGCUUGGUUGUACUGCACGACUUUUAGAUGAUAUGCUGCAAAGUUGGGGUCGGUCUGCUGCCAAAUCUGGCUUAAAAUUGGUUGAAGCUCCCGUGGAACAAGCGAUGAGUUUAACCGAUAAUAAUUCAUUUCAAUCACCAACUAUUAUUAAACUCGCUCUUCAGCCACCAUCUUUGGACGCAAUUGGGAAGAAGCUUCAUCCUGCUAUUAACCCUUACUUAUAUUUUGAAAUACAACUAGUCAAAUUCUUCAAGUUCAUACUUGAUGUGGAGGCAGAUGAUCUGUUUCCAAAAGAUGUGAAGCCCAUUUAUUCUUAUCACAAGACACCAUACAAAUAUUCUCAAUAUAUUCAUCGAUCUGGUGUGGCAUUUAUACAAAUCCGCGAACCAGGUGAAGGAUAUUUGUGGGUCAAUAACCGAUUAGCGAUCACUCAAUCUAGUGAUAGAUUGAAUGAGCGCACAACACAAGCGAAACCUUCUAGUGACCCGGAUGCAUUGAUGCGCGAAUUUCAAAAAUUUUGUGAGGAUGAAGAAGAAUUAAAAAAAUUUUGGGAAGAAACUGCUAGCAAGUUACCUUCUAUUGUUGAAUCUGUUGAAGAAACAUCAUCCGAAGCAAUGACAGAUUCUGUUCAACCAACACAAAUCGAUGAAAAAUUGGAGUUUCUAACGCUGAAUUAA